AUGGCGUCCGACAGCGACGGUGUCCGACGGACACUCUCAGGUUCCUUAAUCGUCAAACCUUGCACAAAACAAGAAGUCGAGUUCUACGAGUCCAGCGCCCUCCACCCUGCCGUUCAGGAAUUCAUGCCCCUCUUCAUCGGCUCCUUAUCUUCUGCCGACCAACAGCAACCGCUGGCGAUUGCUGCCGCCCAACAAUCCGGCGCUGUCUUCCUCCCUGACCCCGGUAAUCCUCCGACGGAUUCCGCUUGUCCCGCCGAAGCGGCCACAGCUUCGCUCCCUAUUACUUCAGUCGCCGCUCCUGUACCACACGAAGAGGCGAAUGGCGCACCGCAAAUAGAAGAGAAGCUGUGGGUUCCAUCCGGCGGGAAAAAGCUAGAAACGGGGAUAUCCAUUGUGUUAGAGAAUGUGGCGUCCGGGUUUCGGCGACCAAAUGUUCUAGACGUAAAGCUUGGAGCGCGAUUAUGGGCCGAUGAUGCGCCGCCUGCGAAGCGGACAAAGCUGGAUGCCGUUUCGAACGAAACUACGAGCUCAACGUUGGGAUAUCGCAUUGCGGGGAUGAAGGUGUGGACGGGACAGGAUGGCGAUAUGGACGCGGGCACGAAGACAAAUCCGUAUGCGAUUAAAUAUGAGGGGGUCGAGGGGGCGAAGGGUGAGGUCAUCGAGAAGAAUGGAUACAUGCGCUAUGAUAAGUGGUAUGGACGAUCGUUCAACGAGAGGAACGUGAAGCAAGGCUUCGAGACUUUCCUGGCUGGGGCUAAGGCGGGAUCCAUUGACCGGUCAAAAAUGAUUGCGAAACGAGUUGUGGAUGAAUUGAAGAACGUGCAACAGGUGCUGGAAUUGGAAGAGAGUCGCAUGUACUCGUCCAGUGUGCUGGUUGUUUAUGAGGCGGAUCCAGAAGCGAUGGAAGUUGCAUUGGUGGAGGAAAAGAGACUCUCCGAGCAAGAGCCGGGGGACGGGGACGAGGAAGAAGAUGAAGACGAUGAGGAGGUUGACUUUGAAUUCACCGAAGAAGUAUUAGACCUCGCGGGCGUGCAACUUCCUGGGGGGAUACCUGGGGGACUACCUCAACAGGCCAUAAAUAUUACCAUUGAUCCUCAAACGGCACAGAUGCCGGAGCUGGGUGACGAAGAAGAUGAAGAGGAAACACCAAAGGUGCACGAUUUGCGGAUUAUCGACUUCGCGCAUGCAAAUUGGACACCCGGUGAAGGCCCAGACGAGAAUAUGCUUAUGGGGAUUCGCAGUCUCAUCAAGGUAUUCCAGGAGCUGGCCGAGUGA